UAACCCCAAUUUCAACUCACUGUGAGUCUCAGCUUCAGCUUCUGGUCCAGAAGGCAAACUCUCAUUUUCCCACAAUCAGUCUUUGUUUUCAGUUUAAAUGGCUUGAAAUCUGUUCACUUCAAUCCUUUGGUGCUUUAGUUUGUAAUCUAUUUCCUGAAUUUUCUUCAGUCUUAGAAUAGAAUUUUGUUCAAUCUAUGCCAGGUCUUCCGCUCAUAAAGUGUAGCUAUCCUGGUAUGAGUAUCUGAAACUUCAAUGGAAUUUUGUUGAAAAUUCUUGUUGUCAUAUUUUACGUCUUUGUUUCGAGCUCCUUCACCCAAAAGCCAAAGAUCUCAUGCUCGUAUAUCUCUGUUCUUUAGUCAUAUGCAUUUUCUUGGCUCUGCCUGAUUUGGGGAGUGAUUCAAGAUUUUUCUAAAUCAGGAAAAAACUGAAACCAAGUUGAACUUUUGAGUCAAUGAGGAACACUUAUAAACUCGGUUUUGUGUCUAUACCUAUACCCAUUAUUCUUUACUUGGCCUUUACAAUUCAUGCAACUCUGGCCGCCAAUUAUGUACCAACUGAGAAAAUCUUCCUAAGUUGUGGGGGUCCUCCUACAAGUACCGAUACUGAUGGUCGCCAAUGGAACACGGAUAUUGGGUCUAAGUAUCUGUCUGCAAAUGUGAAAUCCAGCACGUCCCAAGCAGCUACUCAGGACCCUUCGGUCCCUUCAGUCCCUUAUAUGAGUGCUCGGGUUUUUCCCUCGACCUUCACCUAUAGUAUUCCGGUUGUUGCUGGUCGUAAAUUUGUCCGUCUUUACUUUUAUCCUGCUUCAUAUGCAGGCCUAAAUGCAUCCGAUGGUGUUUUCUCUGUCACAGCCGGGUCUUAUACUCUCCUUAACAACUUCAGUGCUGCGCAGACUACAGAAGCAUUGAAUUUUGCAUUUCUUGUCAAGGAGUAUUCAAUCAAUGUUGAGGGCGCAACAUUGGAUAUAAGUUUCGUCCCAUCUGCCAAAGCUCCAAGGGCGUAUGCAUUUGUGAAUGGCAUUGAGAUCGUGUCAAUGCCUGAUAAUUAUGGUUCUACAGAUGGAACUCUGCGGAUUGUGGGUCAGGGUGCUUCUUUCACCAUUGAUAACACCACUGCACUUGAGAAUGUUUAUCGGUUGAAUGUGGGUGGAAAUGAUAUUUCACCCUCCCUUGAUACGGGUCUUUAUAGAUCCUGGGCUGAUGACUUGCCAUACAUCUAUGGGGCUGCCUCUGGGGUUUCGUAUUCUGCUGAUAACAACAUGACAAUCCAGUAUCCUGCGAGCAUGCCUACUUAUGUUGCUCCACGUGAUGUCUAUGUCACUGCCAGAUCAAUGGGGCCGGAUCCCAAUAUCAAUCCUGCUUACAAUUUGACUUGGAUUUUCACGGUUGACUCUGGAUUCUCUUACCUAGUUAGGCUUCAUUUCUGUGAGAUUGAGGCAAAUAUAACCAAGAUUAAUCAAAGAGUGUUUGAUGUCUUCCUUUAUAAUCAAACUGCGGAGCCAAGGGUGGAUGUUAUUUUCAAGGCAGGCUUGGCUGGUAUUCCUGUGUAUAAGGAUUACUUGGUUCUUGUUCCAGAUGGAAGUCCACAGCAGGAUUUAUCACUUGCACUGCAUCCUUACACAUCUUCCAACCCCAUGAAUUACGAUGCAAUAUUGAAUGGAGUAGAAAUAUUUAAAGUUAAUGAUACAAAUGGUAAUCUGGCCGGGCCGAAUCCUAUUCUUGCUCCUAAACAAGAUUUAAUUGACCCAACAAGAACUAGACCAUCAUUUGGUCAUGGUAAAAGAAAGAAUAAGAAAGCAAUCAUCAUCGGAGUUGUUACUAGUGGAAUUGUCUUAGCCUUUGUUAUUGGUUUCUUUGUUGUUGCUUCUUACCGUUGCCAGCAUGGAAAACACUUGAGUGUAAGGGAAGUUCCUUCUAGGUGGCACCAAGAACACGGACAUGGAAAAGAUUCAAGUGCAAGGGGAGUUCCUUCUAGGUGGCACCAUGAACAUGGACGAGGAUUUACCAAGAACCUUUGUCAACGCUUCUCAUUUGCUGAGAUCAAGGUUGCAACCAAGGACUUCGAUGAGGCUUUACUCCUUGGGUUUGGAGGUUUUGGUAAAGUUUACAAGGGAGAAAUUAAUGGUGGAGCAACCAAAGUAGCAAUCAAGCGUGGAAACCCGCUCUCUGAUCAAGGAGUACACGAGUUUCAAACUGAGAUAGAAAUGCUUUCAAAAGUUCGUCAUCACCACGUUGUUUCAUUGAUCGGCUAUUGUGAAGACAGCUGCGAAAUGAUUCUUGUUUAUGACUACAUGUCUCACGGAACACUACGUGAGCAUCUAUACAAUACCCAAAAACCACCAUUGCCUUGGAAGCAAAGGCUUGAGAUAUGCAUUGGAGCUGCUCGCAGUUUACACUAUCUCCACACAGGUGCCAAGCACACUAUUAUCCACCGAGAUGUUAAGACAACAAACAUUCUCUUGGAUGAGAAGUGGGUUGCCAAGGUUUCUGAUUUUGGCUUGUCAAAAAUAGGUCCUACAUUGGAUAAAACACAUGUAACAACUGUUGUUAGGGGUAGUUAUGGGUAUUUGGAUCCAGAGUAUAUAUUGUUACAGCAACUGACUGAAAAAUCUGAUGUUUACUCAUUUGGGGUUGUUCUUUUUGAGAUCUUAUGUGCUCGGCCAGUAAUGGAUACAUCACUUCCGGAGGAGCAAGUAAGCUUGGUGGAGUGGGUUGUACAUUGCCAAAAGAUAGGUAUUCUUGAUCAGAUGACUGAUCCUUAUCUGAAGGGGAAGAUUGCACCUGAAUGCUUCAAGCAGUAUGCUGUGACUGCAAUGAAAUGUGUGGCUGAUCAGGGCAGAGACAGGCCAUCCAUGGCUGAAGUAUUGUGGAACCUUGAGUUAUCUUUGCAGCUACAAGCUAGUGCAGAGGAGAUAAAUGAAGGAAUUGCCAAUGUGCACAUUGAGGAGGAGACAUUAGUACCCCAUGUAUGGAAGAAAGAUUCUGAUGCAUCCCCAAGUUAUGAUGGUUGUGGAGGCUCAUUUUCUCGAGAAGUCAUGUGUCAGAAGCUUAAUGCUGGCCAUCUCUGGACUGGGUUUUUUUAGCAAGCAAGUUUGAAACCCCAAGGGAAUAGUGGUUGUUGGUAGCUAUUGUUGCACUUCAGAACUAU